CAGCCGCUACAAUGAGUGAAGAUGGUCCACCAAAGUCGUCCAAGCGGAAAAGUACCACUCUGCAUAACUUCUUCCAAGCUGUGCCCAAAAAGAUUAUCACUGAGGCAGACAUUGCAAGCAACGACUCGAAGCUCACUUUGAAGUCUGAUGGCGUGGAUGAACAACUCAAGAUUGAGGCUCUCCCGUCGCCCAUGGUCAAGAAUUCUGACGGAACUACCCCACUAGAUCCAGCCGUCCACACAGUUCGGAAUCCAGCGGCUGACUUUGGUUUGCAAUAUGACAUUGGCAACUUCGUUGGGGCGAGGCCAGACGACCACACCGUGGUUGGCUUACUCGAACACCAUUGGAUGCCACCUCAAGGUUACUCCUUCCCUUUCUCCGAACACAACAAGGGACAGACAGUCGAACGGAGGUACGUCAGAAGUGACCACCUGCUGAAAUAUCCUUGGCUGGUUGUCUCGGAUGCCAAGGCAGGUUUGUUCUGCAAAUUUUGUCCUCUUUUUGCCACCGGGCACAUGGGGGGUAAACACAAGACAGUUGCCCUUCAGGCUCUUGUAACGGAGCCUUUGAAAAAAUUCGCGAAGCUUCUGGGGAAAGAUGGAGCUUUGGAAACCCAUUCCAAAGCUAGAUAUCACAUCGAAGCAGUGGAAGCGGGCAAGGCUUUUCUGAAAGCUUGUCGCGACCCAGCAAGGGUCGUGGCAAACCAGAUCGAUACACAGCGAAUGCGGCAGGUGUCUGAAAACCGCGCGCGGCUUGUCUCGAUUGUCGACAACGUUGUGUUCUUGGCCCGGCAGAAUAUUGCCUUCCGUGGACAUCGGGAUGACGGCCCAGUGGUCACUGGGAAGAACGGCAAUGACAGUUCAGAGAAUGGAGGAAACUUCAAGGAGCUGCUGCGCUUCAGAGUGAAAUGUGGUGACCAUGCCCUCGAAAAACAUCUCUCCACAGCCACAGGAAGGAAGAUGUUCACAAGCAAAACAACUCAAAAUGCCCUUAUUGAAUGUUGCGGAGACGAAGUUCUGUCCGUGAUCUUGGCACGAGUUCGGCAGAGCAAAUAUUAUGGCAUUAUGUUCGACGAGACAACCGACGUGGCUCACAAGUCUCAGCUAUCUCUUGUUUUGAGGUAUGAACAUGAUUUAAAGAUCAGAGAAGAUUUUGUGGGUUUCUUAGAUCCUCGAGAACUCAAGCCUCAAGAUUCAAAUCAGAAUCGGAAUUCGCCCAUGUCGGACAGCGGGUCCGACGAGGAAGAGCAAGACGAAGACGACGCACUGGAGCCAACACUGACUGGUACCAAGCUCGGAAAAAUCGUGCUAAGUCUACUGAGGUCAUUGUCUCUCAACCCCAAAGGCUGUGUAGGCAUUGCAACAGACGGAUGCUCAGUAAUGACUUCCGAGCUCUGCGGUGCCAUUCAGGAAAUCCAAAAAGUAGCCGUGCAUGCAGUUCGAUGCCCCUGCUUCAACCAUAGCUUGAACCUUUCUAUAUCCAAAACAUCAACUGUGCAAAGUGUCCGAAACACCACCGGGACAAUGCGGGAAGUCAUUGCGUUUUUUACGGCCUCGCCCAAGCGUAACGCCGUUUUGAAACUCCAGCUUGGCAAACAGCUGACCAAGUUAUGCGACACACGUUGGGUCGAACGUCACGACGCUGUUUUGCAGUUUAGAGAGAGCCUGGGAAGCAUCGCAAAGGCGUUGGAAACGGUUUCGCAAUGGCGAGAACCAAGCUCGGCUGCCAAGGCAAGAUCACUGCUUAUCUCAAUCCUGGAUGCCGAAUUUGUAAUUGCAACCGUAGCUCUCUACGAUGUACUCUCAGUCACGCUUCCCCUAAGUCGGCUGCUCCAAAAGCCGGAUCUGGAAAUGAACAGUGCCUCGGACAUCGUAAAAGACACGAUCGUCGUCCUGAGCGAAAAGCGGAACCCAUUAAACGUCGAGAAGACUUUCAGAGAAAUUUUCGCGCAUGCAGAAGAAAUUGCCGAGAAUAUGGGAGCGCAACUAGAUGUGCCUCGUCUAGUCCAACGACAAAUGAGCUGCGAAAAAUUGCCUCCACAGACAGCCGAGUCAUACUUCCGCGCACAUGUAUACAUUCCUCUUGUGGAAUCUGUCGUGGAAGAUCUUAAGCAGCGUUUUCCGGAAGAGGUGCUGGAGGUGUACAGCCUCAACACACUUUUGCCUCGCCAUGUGAAUGAGAAGGGAGCUGAAGCAAAGCUCAGCAUCCUGGCGGCAAAAUACGGCGUGCUCCUCGGAAUGGGGGACGUAGCUUUGCAGACCAUCAUCAGAGCCGAAUUUUCACUGUGGGCGGCGAAAUGGAGACGCGAACAAGAGAAGGGGCCUCUUCCAUCGACAGCUGUGGAGACACUUGAAGAGUCGGAGCCAGAGCUCUAUCCGAACAUCAGGACUCUGCUGCGCGUUCUCGCUACACUGCCCGUUAGUGUUGCGACGGCUGAGCGGUCUUUCUCCACCCUUCGUCGAAUUAAAACUUGGAUUCGAUCGCGGUGCGGCGAAAAGAGACUCAACGGUCUUGCCCUCCUCCACGUCCACCGAGACGUGAACGUCGACCAAGAGAAGGUGGUAGACCGCUACGCGCAGGGAGCACGACGAAGGAAGGCGAUGUUCGUGCUCUGUAAACAGAACGGCUGA